CCUCCUCCUCCUGAAUCUCCCUCCUCUAACAUCUCCCGCCUCCUCCUACGCCUCGAUGUCCUCUACUUAAGAGCGGCACUCCCCCCUCCACUCACCCACUGGAGUUCCGUGCAGAGCGGCGCGCGGCUGGUGGCGAGUCGGCGGGACUGGUUCGCCUGCGAGAGGGGUUGCGUGCGUGGCGUCGUCGUCAUGAGCCAGGGUCUAUCCACUGCUGGAUGAAGGCCUCCUUCUCGUGCUCCUCCUCCUCCCCACGCUCAUCGCCGUCUUUCGCCGCGCUGCGAUGUCGCAACCCCCCUCGCUCGCGUCCGUCACGUACGAUUCACGACAAUCGCUGCAAUCGUCGCGUUAUACAAAAAUAAAAUAAUAUCGUCGUCGUCAUCAUCAUCAUCAUUGUUAUCGCGCAGUAGCAAGCACCAAUCGAGACCACCGCGUAAUCACCACCACCAUCGCACUUGAAACAACUACGACAGCACGCUCCGUGUGCGACGACUCGUACUACUAGCAGCACUACACACACGCACAGUACGAUAGCAGUAACACUACCAACAACACCACCACCACCACGACCGUGCAGCAAAAUCGUAUCGCGAUCACACCCCGGGACUGCCCGCGCGUCCGCGAGGCCGCAUGCGGCCGGUGCCUUUCGCCGGCGGGGGCAGCGCCAUGCCCCGCUGCCCCUCGGCUGCCCGGGGCCACCCUCGCCACCGCCUGGUCCCCGGCACCCCUACAGGGCAGCAUGGAGGCUCCUAGCGCGGCUCUCCCGCACGUCAAGAUUCGCCGGACCCUGCUCGCCUGCGCCUCCAGCAUGCUGCUCCUCCUGCUGCCCGCGUACCUCUUCUACUGCCUCGCCUGCUGCUGCUGCCCGCCCCUGCAGCCCGGAGGAGCGCUCCCGGAGGGGGGAGACACCGGGGAGGAGAGCUACGAGCGCACUCAGCUGCGCUUACACGAACGCCGAGAUCAGCAGAAGCAGCAGCAGCAGCAGACGACGGGGGAUGUAUCUCAGCUGCUGCUGUUGCAGCAUCAGCAGAAUCAGCAGCAGCAGCAGCAGCAUCGGCAUCAGCAGCUCCUCGAAGACCCUAACACGAGGUGGGGCGUGCGGGAAUCCGCAGGCUCGGCGGGCAAUGACGAUGAUGAUGGUGGCGGUGGUGAUGGAGGAGGAGGUGGAGGAGGCGGUGGUGGUGCUGGUGCUGAAGAGGUGUUAUUGGACGAAGAGGUGGAGGAUAGGAAGAAUAGGAAGAGGAACAUCGCCAACAACAUCAACAAAGAGGAAGCGCAAGCGCUGGGCGCCGCCACGCGUCCUGCACCAGCUCCGGCGCCCAGCCUCAUCAACGGCAGCAGCGGCGGCGGCAGCAGCAGCAGCAGCUUCAGUAGCUUCGGGACGAAGAAGCUCCCUGACGCCAUCAUCAUCGGCGUGAAGAAGGGGGGCACGCGCGCCCUGCUCGAGUUCAUCCGCGUGCACCCCGACGUCCGUGCCGUGGGCGCCGAGCCGCACUUCUUCGAUCGCAACUACGACCGGGGCCUCGAGUGGUACCGGAGCCUGAUGCCGCGCACGCUGGACGGCCAGAUCACGAUGGAGAAGACUCCCAGCUACUACGUGACGGCCGACGCCCCGGCGCUCAUCCGCGCCAUGUCGCCCAGCACGCGACUCAUCGUGGUGGUGCGCGACCCCGUGACGCGCGCCAUCUCCGACUACACGCAGACGCUCACCAAGUCGCCGCGCCUGCCCAGCUUCGCGAGCCUCGCCUUCCACAACCGCUCGGCGGGCGGCGGCGGUGGCGGCGUCGACUCCUCGUGGAGCGCCGUGCGCAUCGGCCUCUACGCGAAGCACCUCGAGGCGUGGCGGAGACACUUCCCGCUCGAGCAGAUGCUCUUCGUGAGCGGCGAGCGGCUCGUGCUCGACCCGGCCGGCGAGCUGGCGCGCGUGCAGGACUUCCUGGGGCUCAAGCGCAUCAUCUCGGACAAGCACUUCUACUUCAACCAGACCAAAGGGUUCCCCUGCCUCAAGAAGCCCGAGGGCAGCAGCCUCCCGCACUGCCUCGGCAAGAGCAAGGGCCGCAGGCACCCGGCCAUCCAGCCGGCGGUGGUGCGCAGUUUGCGCGAGUUCUACCGCCCCUUCAACUACAAGUUCUACCAGAUGGUGGGUCACGACUUCGGGUGGGACUGAUUUGAGGAG